UUUACCUCGCUACUUCGUAAUUUAGUUGUGAUAUAUUUAAUUGAUACGACUGUGGAGUAGAUAAGAUCUUAUUAAAAAAAUAUCAGUACUGAUCGGCAGGUCUGCGGUGCAGGGUUAAACAGUAGACAUGAGGUUUUUAGUGGGUGUGAUAGUUCUGUGUAUUACAAAUGUUUUGGCCAUAGAGGAAUGGCGCGAAGUAAAUACGCUGCAAGGACCGGUGCGCGGGCGCAAGCACCCCGAAGCAGAUGUACACGUAUUCUAUAACAUACCCUAUGCAACUGCGCCUACUGGUGAAAAUAAAUUCAAGCCACCACUCCCACCCCCUGCAUGGACAGAAACAUUUGAUGCUGUGGACAGGCACAUCAUAUGCCCACAGUUCCCGAUUCAGAUGCCUCAAAUAAUGCCUGAAAAUUUAGUGCAGCAGGAAGAUUGCCUUGUCGCCAAUGUAUAUGUCCCGGACACGGAAAAGAAAAAUCUGUCAGUAAUCAUCUACGUUCAUGGAGGAGGUUUUAUAAUAGGCUACGGUGACAUGAUGCGAGCUCUUCACUUUAUGGAAACGAAAGAUAUGAUCGUAGUCACGUUCAAUUAUAGACUCAGUAUUCACGGGUUUCUGUGCCUCGGCACUGAGGACGUACCGGGGAAUGCAGGCAGUAAGGACCAGGUAGCGCUAUUGCGCUGGGUACAGAAAAACAUCGCCAGCUUUGGCGGCAACCCUGAUGAUGUUACCCUUGCAGGUGGUAGUGCAGGCUCUGCCUCUGUGGAUCUAAUAAUGCUCUCAAAGUCAGCUGAAGGCUUAUUCCAUAGAGUGAUACCUGAGAGUGGUGGAAACCUAGCUACUUUUGCUGUCCAGAGGGAUCCCUUAGAUAUCGCUAAAAAUCAUGCGAAACAACUUAAUUUCACAGAUGUGGACGAUAUAUAUGCUCUAGAAAAGUUUUAUAAAACAGCUCCAUUAAGUCUGUUGACCGCAGAUCCAUUUUUAGAUAGAACUGAUUCUACUUUUAGAUUUGCACCGUGUGUGGAACGCGAUACAGGAGACGGGGCAUUUUUGACAGAGUCUCCGCUGACUAUACUGCAGAAUGGGAACUACAGAAAGUUACCGAUGUUAUACGGUUUUGCUAACAUGGAAGGGUUAUUACGUGUAGAUUUCUUCGAAUUUUGGAAGCGUAAAAUGAAUAAUAAGUUUUCUGAUUUCUUACCAGCUGACUUGAAGUUUGAUUCUAAUGAAGAAAGGGAAGAAGUGGCGAAUAAGAUCAUGAAAUUUUAUUUUGGUGACAAGCCAGUAGAUAAAGAAAAUAUUUUGAAAUACAUUGAUUUCUUUUCGGAUGUAUUUUUUACUUACCCAGUACUUCGAGCAGUGAAAUUGCACGCGGAAGCUGGCAAUAAUCAAGUAUAUUUGUACGAAUAUUCGUUUGUCGACGAUGAAACUCCGGUUGUUCCCUUCACUAACGUACGAGGCGCUAAUCACUGCGCUCAAUCAGCGGCUGUCAUGGAUGGUAACGUUAUUGACAAAAAUGAAAGUAAUUUGUCUGAAAAACAUAAGAAUAUGAAGAAGACUGUCCGAGAAAUUUGGCACAACUUCGUUAAAACAGGUACCCCUGUACUGGAGGGCUCUGGGAUGCCGGCGUGGCCGGCGGCGGGCGCGGACCGGGCGCCGCACAUGUCGCUGGGCGAGCGGCUGGAGCUGCGCGGCGCGCUGCUGGCGGAGCGCACGCGCUUCUGGGAUGACAUCUACCAGAGAUACUACCGGGACGCGGUGCCGCCGCCGAAACCCCCGCCCAGACCACGCAACGAGUUGUAGAAAUGUCACGGAAUAAAUCUCCUAUUUGAAGA